UUCCGGAGUGUUGACCGUCUUCGAGCUUUCGCAACUUCACCAGCAACUGAUAAGCAAUCAUAAGUGCCAGGACAGGACAAACGCUUUCCAACCAGCGAUACAGCAAGCACAGGCACAGCACUCCCUUACCUUACUCCCGCUGUCUUGUCCCACUCACACCCCAGCACACGGAAGAUGGCAGAGGACGAGCUAGAGCAAAAGUUCGCCCAGCUGUGCGAGAAAUGGCGCACGAGCCAGGAGCUCGCCCUGCAGAUGGCUCGAGUCGUCGAGAGCCUAAAGGCCGAGAUCGCGACGCUCAAAUCGUCCCAGCCGCCAGCAGAGCCCGAAGCGCCGCCAACGACAUAUUUAGGAGACUUUGACACGCGCUACUUAGAACUGCAAAAAGAGAACCAGAUCCUGAACCAGAUCAUUAAGCAGUACGAGACGACGCUGGAAGUCGUUAUGGGGAAGUUUAGGAGUCAGGCGCAAUCAAUCCAAAAAGACAAACACGAGCAAAAGAUCCGCAUGGAACGGUCACUAAAAGACGAACGGGGCACAAUAACCCACCUCCGGGCCGAAAACGCCACCCUCCGCUCACACCUCGGCACCUGUCUCAAUGUCAUGCGCCAGGCCGUCGCCGCCGCGGACGAUACCGAUACCGAUGCGCUCCUGGCGGGGCUGAGUAAGGAGAACCAGGGGUUAAGGGAGAUGUUGGGGUUUAGUGGGAUCGGUGUCGGCAGUGUGGGGGCGGGGGCGGGGGCGAGGGCGGGGCAGGGGGUGGAGGGACGGAUAGAGAAGGGGGUUGAGCAGUCGGUUGCGGGGUGA